AUGGAUGAUAGUCUAUGUGGACAAAUUGAUUUUUUGGGGAAAUAUUUACCUGAUAAUUCGGAUAAGACUACAAUACUCGAUUUUUAUGGAAAUGAUAGUUUCAAAAAUUACUGCCCUAGUGCAAACUGCGAUAGUGAACUCGAAAAAAUUACGAUUGGAUUUUUAUGGUUACUUGAGAAAUAUUGUUCUAUAUCUAAAAGUAAAAAUUGUAAUGAAAAUAAUAAUAAUCCAUUUUUUCUAUAUAUGAUUUCAUGGUUAAGUUACAAAUUAAAUAAAAAUUCAAAACACAAUUUCACCAAAAUAAGCGAUUUUUAUAAUAAACAUGUAAAUGAUAACAAUUUUAUAAAUGAUGCCAGUAAAUUUAAAAAUCUUAAGGAAACUAUCAAUAAAAAAAAGGAUUUUUUGGAUAUUAAUAUUGACGAUAUGUCUAAAUUUUAUGAUGCAUUCAAAUUUUUAUGUAGUAUGUAUGGUAAUCUUGCAAUGGGUAAAUAUGACGAAUUGUCAAAUAAUGCUAUUCAUUUUCUCAACAAAUAUACAGAUCUCAACGAUUAUUAUAAUGUUAAAGGUACCACACAUAGUCAAAUAUUGUCUGCUUUAUUAACUGAUUAUAAUAAAUUAAAAACUGAUUAUGCUAAAAAAAAUACUAAUCCUAAAGAAUUACCAAUUCUUCCAACAGGAAUAGCAACAAAAUCAUUUUUACGAAAUUCGUCUAUACAAAUUUCAGUGAUCCCAAUGACAUUUAUUUUUUGUGCAUUACUUAUAUAUUUAGGAAUUGUAUAUAAGCGUUCAUCAUUUGACUUUCGAAAAAGGCUUCAAAAACUCAAUUUAAGAAUCAAAAAAAUAAAGAGGAAAAUAAAUCAUUAA